GCGACUCCUCCCUUUUCCCCUCUCCGCUACGCUCGUUGCUGGUUGGCCCGCGCCCGCCCCCCGGUUGCUAAGCGACCGCAAACGGCCGCGGCGCGAGGACAGCAUAGGGGAGCUUUUCUGGAAAAUCCACGUGAGUUCAUGGAUAACCAAAAUGUGCCAUGUCUAUCCAGCUGCACUGGACCAGCAUAUUUGCCAAAUGAGGCCAGGACCUCCAGCAGUGGCAAGCCAGUUAACUCUAGUGACAUCAAACCAUCUGGUGGAAUGGCUGGAGCUGACAUCAAACCAAAAUGUAUGGAGCGUGCCAAAAAGUGGUCAGAUGAAGUAGAAAAUCUAUACAGAUUUCAGCAAGCUGGAUACAGAGAUGAAAUUGAAUAUAAACAAGUGAAGCAUGUUGAUAUGGUGGAUCGUUGGCCAGAUACAGGAUUUGUGAAGAAACUUCAGAGAAGGGACAAUACCUUCUAUUAUUACAACAGGCAAAGAGAAUGUGAUGACAAAGAAGUCCAUAAAGUGAAAGUUUAUGCUUAUUAGUUUGUUAUCCUACCUACACCGGUCUAAUCUGUUUGUGGUAAAUACACUGUUUUAAUCUAUUUGAUGUUUAAGAAAUGUAAGUAAACAAGGUCUUCUUAAUCUGCCCUUGAUUUUAAAGAUAGGUGAACAGGUUUUGGGUUUUUUUGGGCAGAGGGAAAGAAUAGUAAUAGUGUUGUACCUUGAAGAAAGAAAGAUGAAGAAAUUAUGGAGAAUUAUAGAAAUUACAGAGAAAUGGACUUCAUCUUAGUUCUAGGAUAGUUUAUGGUUGUUUUAUGAGCACUCUUCCUGGUUAGAAUUUUUAAAAAUUAUUAACAUACUAACUAUCAACUAACCAUUUGACAUAAUUUAUUUAGUUUUACAGUGUUUUUGAUGAGGUCCAUUGUUAGACACAAUAGUCAUAGAUUUCUAGGGUCAAAGGGACCUUGUAGAUCAUUGCAUUCGACCACCAGCUGUAUGCAGGAAAGAGCACUGGG